GCGGGGCAAUAGAGGGCGCCAUUUACGGAACCCUUGCAAAAUUUGCACGAAAAUUAACGCGCGCCGGUUUCGUCGACAUAAUUCUGGCCGGUCAGUCAAGUUUUGACAGACUUGUGAAUCGUGAUAUCCUUGGAAGUUCCAAACUGCCCAGAUUUCCCGCCUCAUACAAGAACCAGUCAGAACCGGUCGUAGCCAGUCGCAGCCAGCCUGAGCCAGAAUGCCCCCGGACCUGAAGAAGAGGGCCAUGGUGCUGGAGUGUGAGUGGCAGAGCUGUGGACAGACCAGGAACAGAAUGGAUGCCUUCCUGCUUCACGUCAACGAGCACGUCGACCUUCUCCUGCCAGAGGGCGUCACCGCGGAAAACUACAAGAACUUUGAAAUCACGCCAUUUAAGGAGGAGUUGCCCUGUCAUUGGACGGGAUGUAGUUUUAGUACAACGGAAGGCGAGGUGACACUGAUCCGGCACCUGUACUUCCACGCCUACCACGCCAAGAUCAAAUGGUGGGCCAAGCAGGAGCAGUCUAAACAUAACUUUGGCGAGUGCAUUCUGGGAAAUACGACUAGGAACCUGAUCCCGGACCUGCCGGAAGGGUUCGUCUGCUACUGGCCAGACUGCCAGUUCUAUACAGACAAUGCCGAGCAUUUCUAUCGUCACGCCGACAAUCAUGGCUUGAUAGAGGAUCCGGUCAUUGUGAGAGGCAAGGAGACAUACCCAUGCUGCUGGGAAGGUUGCGAUUCCGUGACCAAGACCAAAUACAAGUUAGCUGAGCAUCUACGCAGUCAUACCCAGGAGAAGAGAUUUGCUUGUGCUGAGUGUGGUAGUCUCUUCAGUAACAGAGCCAAAUUCAUCGAUCACAUUGCUAGACAGAUUGCCGUAGAAUUGCAAAACUACCAGUGUUCCCACUGCUCCAAGAUCUUUGCAUCGGAGCGGUUGCUAAGAGACCACAUGAGGCAUCAUGUUAAUCACUACAAGUGUCCCCACUGUGACAUGACAUGUACAAACCCAUCCAUGCUGAAAGCACACAUCAAAUGGAAACACGAUGAUGAGCGUCCCUUUGAAUGCCAGCUCUGUGAACACAGAUGCAAGUCCCUGUCUGCUCUACGUAAGCACCACGCCACACACACGCCAGGCAAUCUCAUAAUGUGUGAUGAAGAAGGCUGUGAGUACACGUCCUACAGACUGACUACCAUGCGCAGGCACAUGAUGAGAUGCCACACUAAUGAGAAGAGGCGGCCGUACAUCUGCCAUGUUUGUGGAAUGCAGUAUUCAUGCGGGGCCACGCUCACCAGACAUCUCAAAGUCAAACACAAGUUCAAGUGGCCGUCAGGACACAGUAGAUUCAGAUACAAGAAACAUGAGGAUGGGUCAUAUCGUCUUCAGACCGUACGCUACGAGAGCCUGGAACUCACCGAACAAAUCCUGAAAGAGAAGCAGCUGCAACAACAGCAGCAGCAGGAGACUGCCAACCGCAGCGAGACCGACAACAGCAACAGCAGCAGCCAAGGCACAGAGGUUGGGAUCAGGUAUGAUGCCAACUGCGAGCUGGUGUUGGAAUGUGACGACGGCGAGACGGUGAUGUCGAAGACGAGACCCGAGGAGGCUAGUGAGAAGACGGUAGACGGAGGAGAAGAUUUCCGGUUGGAGACGGUCGUGGUCAUACCGGACUCGCUAGUCAGCUCAGAGGCUGAACAAACCGCAGUGCCUGAUUCCUACUAUGUCGUUUACGAAUGAACCUUUGUAAAUGGACUUCUGAUGCAAAGCUGGAAACGGAUGCAGGAAAAACAUUGCUGUUUGGCGAUUGUUUAACGGGCUGGUUGGUUUUGAAGGCAAAAUCAAACUAUUGUCAAUUUAGGAAGUUGUGUCCCUACCCUGUGGAUUAUCCAGUAUGGGAGGGGAUUCCCGCAGUAGGGGCAGGGGGGGGGGGGGGAGGAUAAACUUCACCAAUUUGCAGAUUUAUUUAUUUCAGCCCUUCUGCUGAACAGAUGUUUUUCUUUGCAAAAAUUGUGGGGGGGGACAAUUUGUGAGGAGAAUUCUCUGCUGUGCUUCCCUACCCAUAACCUGUGUAUAAUUUCACUGGUAAACAUCCAUAGACUGUGCCCAUGCGGAUACAAAUUCGAUGCCUGACGCCAUGAAGUUCAGAUUAAUUGAAUGCAUCAUUUUUAUUACCAUUGUAUAUAAUUUUCAAUUUGUUAGUUGCAAUUCACCAGCUUCAUGUAGGCCCAGUCGGAAACCAGAAUAUUUCUUUUGGGGACGUUGUACUGGACCUAGAUGGACUCUUUCCUGGCCCAUGUAGGGCUGGAGAAGUCAAUGCAUAGAGCACGCCCACUGACAAAAUAUUAUAUCAAUUCAGUAUU